AUGGCUUCCCCUUUUAAAAAUAUCCUGAUCAUUGGAGCCACAGGCUCUAUUGGUUCUGUUGUUCUCGAAGCCCUCGUCAAGGAACCCACUUUCGUUGUUACUGCUCUGCAGCGAUCCUCGUCCGAGGGGAAACUCCCUUCCGGUCUCAAGACCAUCACCAUUGAUGAUUCCUACCCCUCUGAUGCCCUAGUUGGCGCUUUCUCUGGGCACGAUGCCAUCAUAAACUGCAUGACGUCGCUUGCCGUUGGCGAACAACUUCGAUUCAUCGAUGCGGCCGUUACGGCCAAAGUCAGACGUUAUGUUUCCUCUGAGUAUGGCCUCAACAACAACAAGCCUGAAGCCAGAGCGCUCAACUCGGUCUUUCGUGAGAAGGGCGAGAUCCAGGAUUACCUUCGCUCCAAGGAAUCGACUGGCCUCGAAUGGAUGGCCAUUGCUUGCGGCAUGUGGCUCAAGUGGAGUGCACAGCACGACUUUCUGGGAAUGCAUAUCAAGGAGAAGAAGUUUGUGGUCUGGGACGAUGGCGAGGGUUGGUUCAGUACCACAACUGAGGAGAAUACGGCUCUUGCCCUAGUGAAUGCCCUAGCAAAGAAAUGGGACGAGACAAAGAACCAGGUGGUAUGGCUCAGCGACUUUGCCAUCACACAAAACAUGUUGCUUGCGGCUAUUGAGCGUAUCAGCGGUCAGGAAUACACCACUGAAAAGAUCGAUACUCUCCGCUUCAUAGAGGAAAAGCAGGCGGCCGUGGCUUCUGGAGACCCAUACGCCGUAUAUGCCCUGAUCGAGACUGGUUUUGUCACCGGCAAGUUCGGAGGUCAUCUGGAGAAAGAGGGACCGACCAUGAAUGAGCUUUUGGGACUGCCAAAGAAGUCCCUAGAUGAAGUUGUGAGAGCGGCUCUGAAGGCUGUUCAGGGAGCCUAA